GUUUCUAUGAACGUGAAGAUGGCAACAACAAGAAAGAAUUUGUAUUGUCUUUGUGCAAAAGCCGGAACAAAGAACGGGGUAAGAAACCGCUGUAGGGGGGGAGCGUGAAAUAAAACUAAAAGCCAGUACUAGCAAAUCAAAACUUGUGGUGUGAUCCUUUGCCCAUGUUGUAAGCAUGCCGUCGGCUUCCCCGCAGCGUGGCGACCAGUCGCGAGCGCCCAUGUCCCAGAGCAAGGAAGCCCUGACGGCCUCCGAGAGAGCCCAGGUGUGUGAGCAGUGGGUGCAGCAAUUACGGCGCGGGGUGCAGUUGGACGGCUGGGGUCAGCUGCUGGAGGCAACCGACGAGUACACAGCCCUGGCAAGCAACAUUGGGGGCGUGUACGCGCGGCUCGACAGUCGCGACAAAGACGUACUGCAUCGAGUGGUGCUAUGCCUCUCUGCGCGUGUUCAGGCAAUCUCUUCCACGGGACCCGUAGUGGGAACGCCUUCGCAGACCGAGAUAUCGAGCCAGGAUCUACGACUGCUGGAACCAACACUGCAGGAACUUCUGACUACGCCGGUGAGAGGACCGGUCGGGACCACGCGAGCAAGUGGCAGUACGGAACUUUUUUUCUGCUUUUGUUGAUGUGCCUGGCUUUGCCACUUUUCUAGUAUUCGGAGGGUCCAGAAUUUUUUCACACUACUUGUGUACAAGUGGAGGUUCAACAUCGCUCCUGCCUCGAUUUACUGAGCUACAUGAAAUAAAGCGGCCGCCUUGUUUCCAGCUGUCCACCACCCUAUGAAUCAAGGCCAUUUAGACGUCGAUUCAAAUUGAAACGAUGCGUGGCAGUCAGUCAGUUGUCACUCAGUCACAACUACAAUUGCGCGCAAAACAAGAGUAUAUAUAACCCUCGUCAACGCCAUUUUCAUCAGGCGCCUUUCAGCAGCAACUGCUUCCCGCCGUGGCGUCCUUUCCAAUAUCAAACUUCAAAUGGCAAUACGUGACUCCGAUUGUCCCGCAGCCGGCGGAGAUAACCGCCCCGGGGGAGCAAGACGAAAUGCACGCGGCCGAUUUUGGCUCCGCAGCACGGAUGUCAACAGCACAGCACGGCCAGUUUAAUAACGGUGUUGGCUCUUCCGCCGCAGCUUCCAGUUCCCUCCCCGGGCGCGCGGGGCCACCGACGGCCGAGAUCGAGAGCGCACACCAGGCCAUGACGCAGGUGAACGGGACGCUGGUAGUUUUGAAACUCGCGAAGAUUGGGUUAAAGGACGCCGAAACCUACAUCGACCCGUUUCUUACAGUGUUGGUCACCGACGGGCGAAGCAACCAGGUGAUUGACCAACACGACCUCCCCGUGAACAUCGCGGAAAAACGGGCCACGCACGUCCAUUUUCACGACUAUGCGGUAUACCUGCGGGUCAGCCUGGAGGACAUGCAACGAAUGGGGAGUUCGUUGUUCUUCGAAUUCAAGCACUACAAGCCAAAGAAGAAGAAGAUAUCCACCAGGUGCUGGUGCUUCAUGGAGCUAAACGAACUCAAAAAGGACGAGGAGUGCGUGUUGGAGAUCUACCACAAGCCCACAGACCUUAGGAAGAAAAAAAUCAACCUUCACUCCGUCAAGCCGCUCUACUUCCAUUUGAAACCGAGCUUUAUGUCCUAGCCAUCGAUCUUGUUUGCAGCAGCGCGACGGAGUGGUCAACUAUCUUGUAGUGGGAUGCGCAUUAGAUAAAUCUCAUACAUUGCUUUUUGGUGAUGGUUCCAUUUUUUAAAAGAAUUAGUCCUCCUGUCCAAACGCGUAGAGAAAAAGGUUGAGCUAGUCCAG